CGACCGCAGGGGAGUAUGGCUGCGUCAAAAGUUUUGCCGCGAUCUCGCACUCCAUGUUUACAUGCGCUGUGAAACAGACUCUAUACAAAAAUACUGACUUUAUAAAAUCGACUGUAAAGUGAUAUAAAGUUAUUAAGGAAACUUUUAGUGAUCUAUUAGUGACAAAUGAACUGUGUUACUGUGGAAAUAUGACCAAGAACUUAUACGGAAUGGUUUCGUUAAAAGUUUGGAUGUGCCUGCUUUUAGUGGCCGAUGCGCGCGCACGUUCCGCGCCGCCCGCUCCCGCCGGCUGUCAGUGGGACUAUUCGGACACAAAGUUGAGUGAAUCAAACUUUCUCACGUGCAACAUCAAAACGAUUGGAUCUGCUGAUUUUUUAUUUAGAAACAUUACAACUGCACAGGCGUACAACAUCAACAAAUUGAAACUUACAUGCACUGAUUUGCUUUUCUUCGAGAGUUCUUUGCACAUGAACACCGGCAGUUUCCUCGGUCAGCUGCGAAAGCUAGAGGACCUGCGCAUUGAGUACUGCAAGAUUCGUUACGUUCCGGCGACUGUUUUGUCUCCGCUCCGUGAUUUAACGAGUUUAACCCUACGCUCCUACAACACUGAUUGGCCUGCGAUGACUAUGGAGUUUCACGCCGAAAGCUUUAGGGGAUUGAUGGAACUCCGUUCGCUAGAUUUAGGAGACAAUAAUAUUUACAUGCUACCUUCUGAAGUAUUUUGUCCGCUGUUCAGUUUAGAAAUAUUGAAUCUCACAAAUAACCGAAUACAGGAUAUUUCAGAAAUUGGUUUUUCCGAUUGGGGCAAAGGUCCUAUUGCACCAGGAAAGUCAUGCAAUACGGGACUUAAAAUGCUUGAUCUAUCACACAAUAAUGUACUGAGACUUCCCGACAACGGAUUUUCUAGUCUACGUUCUCUAGAAGUUUUAAAGAUUCAAAAUAACUUGAUUAAUGAGAUUGGAGACAGAGCCUUUGUUGGACUGAAUUCAUUAAAAAUUCUUAAUUUAUCUGGGAAUAAGUUAGUCGCUGUUCCUCCAGAACUAUUUCAAUCAUCACGUGUUAUCAAACAAAUCUCAUUAGCAAACAAUUCGCUCUCUGUAUUGGCUCCAGGACUACUAGAGGGACUUGAUCAACUAGAGAAACUAGAUUUAUCAAGAAACCGCCUUACAAACGAUUGGGUGAAUCGUGAUACAUUUGCUGGACUGAUUCGCUUGGUUAUACUGAACUUAUCUUACAAUUCACUUAUCCGAUUAGACCCAAAAUCAUUUCAAGAUCUGAAUAACUUGCAAGUUUUAAAUUUGGAUAACAAUGCAAUUGAAACAAUUAGUAAUGGCGCUUUUGCUGAACUGAAGAACCUUCAUCAAUUGUCAAUAUCAGACAACAAGCUGAAAACAUUGAAUGAACACAUAUUUUCUAACUUAUUCGUCUUGAGUCAACUUUAUUUAGAUAACAAUCAGAUUUCUUCAAUACAUGAGCUUUGUUUUGAAAAUAUAACCUACUUGCAAGACUUAGGUCUAAAUGGAAAUAAUCUCAACAUGAUUCCAGACAGCAUUAGAAAGUUGAGAUUUUUAAAAUCGCUUGAUAUUGGGAAAAAUAACAUUACUAAAGUAUCCAAUACUUCAUUUGAAGGAUUGGAAGAGCUCUACGGGUUGCGCCUUGUAGAUAAUCACAUUGUCAGUAUCCCUAAAGAUACAUUUAGUAGUUUACCGUCUUUACAAGUCCUAAACUUAGCAUCAAACAAAAUAGAAACCGUAGAACAGGAUGCGUUUUUAUCAAAUCCGACAUUGAAAGCAAUCCGCUUAGAUGGAAAUAAGCUGAGCGACAUCAGAGGCGUUUUUAGUAAACUGAAUACCCUUGGAUGGCUCAAUAUAUCCGACAACAAGCUUAUUUACUUUGAUUAUAGCUAUAUGCCCGAAAGCCUUGAAUGGCUAGAUAUUCAUAGCAACAAUAUUACAAAACUAGAUAAUGAACACAAUGCGCAACCAAAUAUUCGAAUGCUAGAUGUGAGUUUCAACGCCUUAGAAAGUGUCGACGAAAAAUCCGUACCUGAUUCUAUUGUGGUUCUUUUUUUGAAUAACAACAAAAUUCACACGAUUCAUCCAGGUACAUUUUUACAAAAAAGGAACUUAGAAAAAGUCGUUGUGACGGACAAUAAAUUGAGGACGGUCGAGCUAUCUGCAUUUACGUUGCCCCAUAUUCCCAAGCAUAGAUUGCUGCCGAAAUUCUUUAUUGGAAAUAAUCCAUUUGUCUGCAACUGUCACAUGAUUUGGUUGCAAAAGAUAAAUCUUUGGAAUCAUAUGAGACAGUAUCCAAGAUUUAUUGAUUUGGACUCAGUGACUUGUGAAGUUGUCAACAAUAAAUACGGCGGAAAAGCUAACCUCAUGGAUGUUCCGGAAACCCAGUUCCUUUGCUCUUAUGAAACUCAUUGCUCGUCUAGUUGUUUCUGUUGUGAUUUUGAAGCUUGUGACUGCAAAAUGACCUGCCCUGAAGGUUGUUCCUGUUUCCACGAUAGCAACUGGAAUUCGAAUGUUAUCGACUGCUCAAAUGUCGGUUACACUGAAAUCCCUGAGAAAAUACCAAUGGAUGCAACUGAGCUGUACCUCGACGGUAAUGACUUUCGCUCUUUAGGAAGUCACUUGUUUAUUGGCAAAAAGAAAUUACAUAAGCUCUACUUAAACAAUAGCAAUAUCGCGACGAUUGAUAAUGACACCUUUAACGGUUUACACUCCUUGAACGUCCUUCAUCUGGAAAACAAUCAGCUGACUGAAUUAGCCGGCGGUGAAUUCUCACAAACAAAGCACUUGAGGGAGUUAUACUUGAAUGAUAAUCUCUUGACAAGUGUCGCAAACAAGACUUUUGAGAACUUGUCAUCUUUACGAGUUGCGCACUUACAAGGCAACAAAGUACUCGACCUUGACAAAAAGCUAGCGCACAUCGUACAUUUAGAGAAUGUUAAUGUGGUAGGAAAUAUCUUUACCUGCACAUGUGAAAACGUUAUGCCUCUGCAAAACUGGUUUAAAAAGAACUACGAAGACCCUGUCGAAAUGUUUUGUGUUGAUGAAAGUGGACUAGCUUCAAACUUAACAGUAUUUGACGUGAUUGAUAAGUGUCGUGAUUCAAGUGUAAUGGACAAUACUAUUCCUACAGAGAAUCAACCUUACCAGUACGAUGAAGUGAGCACGAUCAAACUGAACUUUGUACCUCUUUUAGCUGUAGUCUUAAUAAGUGUAAUUCUCAUUCUAUUGUUCGGUGCCUUAGCAUUCUCUUUUAGACAAAAUGUGCGCCUUUGGGCUCAUUCUAAAUAUGGAGUGCGAUUGUUUAAAAGUGCUUCUAUUCAAGAAAGUGAGCUAGAUAGGGAUAGAUUGUACGAUGGAUAUGCUGUAUAUAGUUUGUUGGACGAUGACUUUGUAUCGAAGGUAGUAGCUCCCGAAAUGGAACACUCUGGCUACACAAUGUGCUUUCACUAUAGGGACCUGCAACAUGCGCCUGAGAAUUAUUUAACUGAACAAAUCACAAAUGCUGCAGAAUCGUCAAAAAGGAUGUUAAUAUUUGUAUCUUUCAACUUCUUACAGAAUGAGUGGUCUAAAGCUUCAUUCAAGGCAGCCAUAAAACAUGUUAUCACUUCUAUUCACCCUUCCAUUAGGCGGCAUAGAGUAGUAUUCAUUUUAACAACAGAUGUAAGUGCGUUAAAUUUAGACAUGGACUUCCAAAACUAUUUAAAAACCAGCAACGUACUAUUAUGGGGUGAAAAAAAGUUCUGGGAAAAAAUUAGAUUUGUAAUGCCAGACAUUUCUAACUUACAAUGGAACAAAGACUCAAUGAAUUACAACCAUGGCGUUUGUCCAAAUGGUAGGAGACAUCCUUCGAGAUAUACAGCCUCGCCCACUGCACCGGAACAUUGGUAUAAAUAUGAUGCUAUACCUCCGCAGACUCCGACCACUACGGUCAUAAACAUUGAAGAUGACACCUCUAUGUUGACUAACACAACAUUGACGAGUCAGAUUCAGGACGCAGAUCACUUGCAUCAUAGUUAUAUUUCAAUAGAUACUCAAAAUUAUGAGCAGCCUUAUGGUGGGCGGCCUAGACCACCUAAUACACUGCGUAAACAGCAACAUGUCGGCCAUCCCUCUCCUUCAAUGCUCGACGAGCAGGGUUACUUGCAACCCCGAUCAUCUGUACAUGAGUGCUUGCCCCAAACUCAUUUAGCCGCGCACAGAUGAUAAACUCGGUUUAAACCUCGUUAUCUCUGAAAGAUAUUUCUUAAUGGAACGUCACAUUCCAAGCACAUGUGUAAGCUAGACUGCAUUUAUUAGUUGUGAAAGCCUUAUUGAAAAGUGAUAGUUUUACAAAAUUGUUUGUUAAGAAUCAUUUGGCCAAACUUUUAAUGAUAUAUUCGUUCCUGCGUAGAUUUACAAUACGUAGAUAAUUUUGUCAUAUUCAGAGACUGUAUAAUUAUUAAAUUGAUAUUGUGUACUCAUACUUAUUGUUUAUACUAUACUUUGUAAUUCACUUUCUAGUACUUUCUUAUGUUAUUGUAUACUUUUUUAACAAUUUAGAGUUUUUAACAACAAAUAUUAAAAAAAUUUGUUGUCCAUUAAGACUGAUACAAAUAAAUACAAGUUAUUGCCAGUAUCAGGAGUGAUUAAACUUGUAUAAAGUAUUUUGGUAUAGUAUAUUAUCUCAUUGUUACCAAAUAUUUUGUAGAUAGAAAUGAA